AUGCAGAUCCGGGAUGGCCUGCGGCGGCAAGCGCCAUCGGUCACUGGGGCGAUGCGGUCGCCGAUGUCGGCGAUGAUGCUCGCCAUGUUCGCCACCAUGGCAUCCUUCUACGUCGCUGGCCGAUUGUGGCAGGAUGCACAGAAUCGGGUUUACAUGAUAAAAGAGCUCGACAGGCGAACCGGCCAGGGGCGAUCGGCAAUAUCAGUGGACGAUACUUUGAAGGUUGUUUCAUGCAGGCAGCAAGGCAAGCGGUUGGCAUCACUUGAGAUGGAGUUGGCUGCAGCAAAGCAUGAAGGAUUUGUUGGCAAAUAUACCUCUGAGACAAAUGCGACUCAUUCUAAGAAGAAGCCUCUGGUUGUUAUUGGGAUAAUGACAAGCUUUGGUAGAAAAAAUUACCGUGAAGCUGUCAGGAAAUCAUGGCUUCCGACAGGUUCACUGCUGAAGAAACUAGAAGAUGAGAAAGGCAUUGUAGUACGUUUCAUAGUUGGAAGAAGUGCAAAUCGAGGAGAUCGUUUUGACAGGGAAAUCGAUGACGAGAAUAGAAGUACAAAUGAUUUUGUGAUCUUGGAUGAUCAUAUAGAGUCUGAUGAAGAGCUCCCUAAGAAGACAAAACGUUACUUUGCUAAUGCUGCAGAGACAUUUGAUGCUGAAUUUUAUGCUAAGGUCAAUGAUGAUAUAUACAUAAAUGUUGACACUCUGAGUGCAAUGCUUGAAACUCACUGGGACAAGCCUCGUGUCUACAUAGGCUGUAUGAAAUCUGGGGAGGUCUUUUCUGAAGCGACCCAUAAGUGGUAUGAACCGGAUUGGUGGAAAUUUGGUGACGGGAAAUCAUACUUUCGACAUGCUUCUGGUGAAAUGUUUGUCGUAUCAAGGGCCGUGGCUCAGUUCAUUUCUAUAAACAGGUCUGUUCUCCGGACAUAUGCACAUGAUGAUGUUAGUGUUGGAUCGUGGAUGAUUGGGCUUGCUGUAAAGCAUGUAAAUGAAGCAAAGCUAUGUUGUUCAUCAUGGCCCUCAGGAGCCAUGUGUUCAGCUCUUUGA